GGAAGUGCUUCGUGUCUGGCUGUAGGCGGUCGUGUGUGUGCGUGUUGUCAGCUGACUUGAAGCACCUCUGCAGCCGUCACAACACCGUGUGCUACCUGCUGACAGCGAGCUAGCACAGCCCCUAUCCGAGGCUCUGCUGUCGGACCGGCUCGGGUUAUGUUUCCCGGAGCCAGAACCGUAGACGGAGAUUUGUGCACCACCACCAACACAUGGCGGCCGAAAUACAGCCCCAGCCGCAGGCUCGGAAGCCAUGUCUGCUGAGCAAAAUCGAGGCUUUCCAGGAUGUUGUGAGCACGGCGGUCAUCAUCCCCAAGGAAGACGGCGUUAUCAGCGUGUCCGAGGACAGGACGAUUCGGAUAUGGCUGAAGAGAGACAGCGGCCAGUACUGGCCCAGUGUGUACCACACAAUGUCAUCGCAGUGCUCCUGUAUGUCCUUCAACCCAGAGACCAGGAGGCUGUCUGUGGGGAUGGACACUGGAAGUAUCUGUGAGUUCAUCCUGUCAGAAGACUACAAUAAGAUGACCCCAGCACGCACUUACCAGGCCCAUCAGGGCAGAGUGACAGUGGUGCUCUUUGUGUUGGAGAUGGAGUGGCUUCUGAGCACCGGCCAGGACAAAAACUUCACCUGGCACUGCUCAGAGAGUGGCCAGCAGCUGGGGACGUAUCGCACCACCGCCUGGGUUUCAGGACUACAAUUUGACGUGGAGACCAGACACGCCUUCGUAGGGGACCAGUCUGGUCAGGUGACCAUCCUGAAGCUGGAGCAGGACAACUGCAGUCUGGUCACCACCUUCAAGGGACACACUGGUAAUGUGACGGCUCUGUGUUGGGACCCGGUCCAGAGAGUGCUUUUCUCCGGCAGCUCGGACCACUCCAUCAUCAUGUGGGACAUCGGAGGACGGAAAGGCACUGCUAUCGAACUGCAAGGACACAAUGACAAGGUUCAGGGCUUGUGCUACGCCUCACACACUCGCCAGCUCAUCUCCUGCAGCUCAGAUGGAGGCAUCGUCAUCUGGAACAUGGAUGUAACACGACAAGAGACUCCAGAAUGGCUGGACAGUGACUCCUGUCAGAAGUGUGAGCAGCCUUUCUUCUGGAACUUCAAACAGAUGUGGGACAGUAAGAAAAUCGGCCUACGACAGCACCACUGCAGGAAGUGUGGCCAGGCGGUGUGCGGCAAAUGUUCGUCCAAACGCUCCACCAUCCCCCUCAUGGGCUUCGAAUUCGAGGUGCGUGUGUGUGACAGCUGCCACGAGUCCAUCACUGACGAGGAUCGAGCGCCCACAGCCACCUUCCACGACAGCAAGCACAGCAUUGUUUACAUGCACUAUGAGCCCACCACUGGAAAUCUGCUCACCUCUGGCACUGACAAGGUUAUCAAGCUAUGGGACAUGACUCCUGUGGUGUCCUGAGGUCUGUGGGCGACCAGCGGUCAGCAGGAAGCUCCAUUCACCAAACUGUGAUGGUCUCACAGCGGCAGCCGCAGUUGGAAGAAGAAGGGAGAAGCUUAUCCAACAAUAUCGAUGUCAUCUGGAUAAUAUUUAACAGUUUUUCAACAACAAGCAGUGGCUGUUGCACGUUCACAGUGAGGACACUGCAGGUCAGUGAAGCCUGACAACAGGACAGGCCUUGGUUGACACAAGGUUACAGACAGUUGUGGGUGUUUGUUUGUGGGGAAUCUCGUGUUGACUAAAUGUCCAUGCAUUCCUGCUGAUUUCAGACUGGAAACUUACAAAACAGUAAGUGAAACAUUUCUGCACGUCAAACCCAAGCAUUACAUUCUGUUUUUUUUUUUACAUGUGAAGCGUAUCAAGGAACUAACUCAUAACCUAAACACUGACUGAUGUUUAGCAGGCUCUAAAUCCUCCACAAGAGGAAGCCAUUUGUUCAGUUCUACAUCUGCCAACCUGCACCACCUACUGGAAAAGAAAGAAACUGCAGCAGCAACAGUUUAGACUUCCAGAUGUUAGACGUACUGAGCAAUAGUUGACACGUGCCACGUACAGGCAACAGUUUUUCCCUUGUGUGGUUUAAAUUUAAAACUUGACUGCUUGUUUGAUAAAAUAUGUGUGAACAUCACUGUGUCCAAUCUUCACUUCUUACUAAACCUUAACCCCAUCUAAUACAGCACUUUUGUUUGUGAUGCUGUGGAAGUGAUAUCAGUAAGGCUAAUUAACAGAACCACCACCACCUUUUAAUGCAGUGCAAUUCAACAGAAGCACAAACUGCAUCCUCCAAAAUGAAGCUUCUCCUCCUCCUGUGGUGAGUUGAUUCAGCUCGUCUUUAAAGAGCUCGAACAAAAACUGAACAUUAUCAUUAUCAUAUUUCACAUACAACUGAUGCGCUAGACUACAUAGGUUUUAUCAGGGGGUGGUAGCCCCCUUUCCUACAAAUAAACGUGUGUUGUUAUUUCAAUAACUUUUAAAGUUUACAUUUUAGCACCAAGUGUAGUUAGCUAAAAAUAUUGACUUUAAUAUUAAUUUUUCAUUCUAUUCAAUUAUUGAUUAUUUUUUAUUUUAUAACUUAUUUUUAUUACUAAACAUUUUUUCCUUUGGACAAAUAACUAGUCAAGCAGUCAUGAAAAGAAAAGACAAUACAAACAGGCACAACGGCAGCUGUUCUAAAAAUCUGCAGUUGUAAUUCAUUGCCUGCAGGUGGCACUAGUGUCAACACUGUAGAAGCUGUUGCAGGCCCUGCCUGUAGAUGGUGCUCACGAGCAUAUCGACAGUCUGUCUGCAGCUCUUGAGUCCUGUUACUGUUGCAGGUCGAUCCUGGUUCCAGGUUCUUCACGUCGUCACUCACACUGUGUGUUCUUGUUAUCAUGACCCAAGAGGCAAAGAAACCAUCUUCUCCUUUCUUGAUAUAACUGAUAUCAGUAACAUCUGAUUGGACUUGAUAGUAUUUCAACCAAACUGUUCAUGAAGUCCCUGGAUGUUACAAAAGAAGCUUUUCUGUUCAGACUGUUGUACCUCAUAUCAACCACUAUAGGACUUCAGUGAAACCACCCAAAUCCACAUCUAAAGUUAUAUCAGAGGGUUGUGGAAGGCCACAAAUGUAGAAAAGCAAUUUUGUAAUUGUACUUUUGGUUGUACUAUGCUCACAGCGGGCCAGACGAGUACACCAAACUGUGCGGUAUCUGGAUACCCAUGUGGGGUUUCAAUGCACCCAGUCCACUGAGUGUUACGGGAAAAAGUGGAUAUCAAGCAAACCUCUUAACCUCAUGAUUACAAACUCCUGCUGUGCAGCGGAAUGUUGUUCCAACCCACAGGACUUCAUUUUAAACUCUAUUACAGAUUCUAAAGUUUCCAAAGACACUAAAUAUGUCAGGCUAAGGUUUGGAUAAAUGUGUAUAAAUCAAACCCAGCCUUUGAUCUAAAUGUUACACUCUUUUGUAUCUUCAUAUGUAUUAAAUCUGCGAUACUUGUAAGUGGAAAAUGAAAGGUUUCACUGGAUUUUAUUAUAAACCCUUGUCAUGAUACUCUGAAGUACACACAGUGUGUGCGGUGAUCCACUGAAGUGCAGAGCACACCCUCAGAUCAGGUUCUCUAAAUGAAGAAAUCAGACCGUUUGCUUACCCUUGUAUCUUCUCUUCUGUCGGCUGCCUGAGGUUAUUUAUUAUUUCAAAACUUGUUUUAAUGUUUCUGACGUGCAAACACACACAUCAUGGAGCUCAUCAGUGGCAGCACAUACACAUACAUGUAUGAGGACUGAAAUUUAAAUAAUGAACAACGGUUGCUUUGAUUUUGUUCUCAUCGUCACAUAGGUCACAAUACUGUAAAACUGGCUUUUAUGUCAAUGCACUGGAAUCAAGAAAAGAAAAUAUGAAUUUGUUUGUGAUGAUCAUGUUUGUGCUUUAAUGUAAUAUAAUCAGGUGGUAACCAAGGUUAAUCCUUCUAUUGUUCAAACCCCAAAGAUGUUUCAUGUUUAGAUAAAAAAUUAGUUUGUGUUCAAAACUUCUCAGCCUGACUGUUGAUGAAACGUUUGUCUGCACUCUGACAGCUACUCAUGAAGGUACAUUAACAGUAGCUGUUUACUCAUGAAUGUGAGCCUGUGGGUACUAACACAUCAAAGGACAAUGCCAGUGUGUACAUACAGUUUCAAAUGCAGUGUACAGUUUUAGGUUUUUAGGGUGUAUUUCUCACAUACCUGUGAUCAUGUAAAAUGUAUGUGAUUAAAAGGUAAAAAUGUGCAAACUGGUUUAGUCCUUUUAAAUGUAAGAAAGAGCCAGACUACACAGGACAUAAUUAUAUUAAAUCAACACCUAAACUUGUGUUUGACAGAUUAUAUUCAUCUGAGGCCAGUGGUUUGUUUUUUCUGUUAACAGACAUUGUUGUGUGUUUCAGUGUGUCCGUUAAUGUAACCAUGUAUGUGUGAGUGACUUAUUAAAAGAGCAGGUUCACCUACCUGA